AUGGCUAGUUUCAAGGAGUGGCCGUCGUUCUUGAUGGUAUUUUUGUUUGCCCACUUUGCUCAAUAUUGUUGCACUCGAAUUGACGAUGAUGGGUGUAGUAAUCAUAAAGGAAAUUCUCAACACAGAUGCGUACCAAAAGUCAACUAUAGGCACAAAGAAAAAGAAGUUCUUGAUCAAAUUUUAGGUCCAGGAAGCUACGAUGCUAGGAUCCGUCCAUCAGGAGUUAAUGGCACAGAUGGCCCAACAAUCGUGCACAUAAACCUAUUUGUGAGAAGUAUCAUGACAAUAAGUGACAACAAGAUGGAGUACAGUGUGCAACUGACGUUCCGCGAACAAUGGAUGGACGAGAGGCUAAAAUUUAACGAUUACAACGGUAAAAUGAAAUACUUAACUUUGACUGAAGCCAACAGAGUGUGGAUGCCCGACUUGUUCUUUUCUAACGAGAAGGAAGGUCAUUUUCACAACAUAAUUAUGCCGAACGUGUACAUCAGGAUAUUCCCCAAUGGAUUAGUGUUGUACAGUAUAAGAAUAUCUCUUACUCUAUCGUGUCCAAUGAAUCUCAAAUUAUAUCCACUGGAUCGUCAAACGUGUUCACUCCGAAUGGUCAGCUACGGCUGGACAACUGACGACUUAGUAUUUUUAUGGAAAGAAGGCGAUCCAGUGCAAGUCGUAAAAAAUUUACACUUACCCAGAUUUACUUUAGAAAAAUUCCUCACGGAUUACUGUAACAGCAAAACUAACACAGGAGAGUACAGCUGCCUGAAAGUGGACCUGCUGUUCAAGCGCGAGUUCAGUUACUACCUGAUCCAGAUCUACAUACCGUGCUGCAUGUUGGUGAUCGUGUCGUGGGUGUCGUUCUGGCUGGACCAGAGCGCGGUGCCGGCGCGCGUGUCGCUGGGAGUGACCACGCUGCUGACGAUGGCCACGCAGACGUCCGGCAUCAACGCGUCCCUGCCGCCCGUGUCCUACACCAAGGCCAUCGACGUGUGGACGGGCGUGUGCCUGACGUUCGUGUUCGGCGCCCUGCUCGAGUUCGCGCUGGUCAACUACGCGUCCCGGUCGGACACGCACAGGGACGACAUGAGCAAAAAGUGCGACCUGGAGCGCACCGUGUCCAUGGACGUCGGCGACUACGAGGACGGCCCGAAUUCGUUCAAUAUGAAGCCGCUGAUGCGCCCCGAGCUGAUGAUGUCCCGGGACAAGAUGAGCCAGAUCAUCCACCAGACGCCGCCGAUGGAGAAGAACUCGUGCUGGAAGUCGUGGAUGUCCAAGUUCCCCACCAGGUCCAAACGCAUCGACGUCAUAUCCCGUAUACUGUUCCCGAUGGUGUUCGCCAUGUUCAACAUGUCCUACUGGUCCACGUACCUGUUCCGCGAGGGCGUGGACGAGGACAAGUAA